CUUCUCUUUUCCUCGGGCGAAAGCAUACAUCGAUUCGCUGGAACGAAUAGUAUAGAAUAAGAGUACGCACCAACGAUGAAAGCGAACAAACAGUCUCGAAUAGUUGAAAAUUCGUGUAUCGCUUCUACCGUUUUGCCUAUUUCAUCCCCCGUUUUCCCCUAUCAAUUUAUUAUUCGUCUAUUCAUCCGUCUCGCUCGUAAGAUCCAAGCGACCUCUGCUCGCGAAUGUCAGGGCGUGUUGAGGCUGACUAGACCAACGUAAAGUGCAAUGUCUGUUUUCGGAAAGCUAGAAAGAUCAAGGACUGCGCAUUCGAGUCUGUAGCAAUGCGUCGCGCGUUGCCACUCUGCUCCUCGUAACCGUGUUUCGGUUCGCGUAUCCGUUCGAAUGCAGAGUUUCUUUCUGUUCGCGUCGUUUUCUUCCCCGUAUCAAUCACGCGACUUUUCCAAUACGAAUGUUUUCGGUGGUCGAGCGAAUAGCGUGUAACCGGAAAAGGGACAGGUUGCGCGCGUUUCCCGCUUACUCUGUUCGAGGGUGGUUUAUCGCGUCGCGCAGUUACCGCAGUUUACGUCGAGUGCGGUUCUCGUUGUGUCGGAUGUUCGAGGAACCUUGACAGGAUACGACAGGAUUCGACGAUCCGCAAGGAUACUCGGAAUAAUCGUGUCGCGUUUCAAGCUGUCCGAAACAUCGAUUUCUCAAGAUGAUCUUCGGGGUUGACUCGAUCUAUUCUUGCCGUGCGUGGGCCAGAGAUUGACGAUAUGGAUGCAGUAUGGCUUCGAUACUCUGGCACACCUCUGGGAUUAGUUUGGUCUCGCCUGCCUUUAUCCUGAUCUUGCUACUUUGUCCUCGCAACAGUACAGAGUGCGAUCAAAAGUUUAUAAGUACACCGGACGGUCCAGCAAAUGGAACUUUUCACGCUCCGAACUUGGUCAAUCCCAAAGGAGAAUCCCGGCAAUGCGUCUACACGUUCCUCGCCGGUCCUCGACAACGAGUGGAAUUGGUUUUCACUUCGUUCGGACUCCGGGGGACCCCACCCGCUUGCUCGCACGAGUACAUGGACUUGUACGCGGAAAUACGCUCGGAGAACACUACCAAGUUGAUAGAAACACCGUUCGGUGGACGCUACUGCGGCCCCAUUCCUCCUCGCAGACGCAUUUCCCUUUAUCAAGGAAUUGCCUUUAGUUUCUACACCGACAAGAACAUCACGACUCCCAGCCUCUUCGGCGGUAGAUACACGUUUAUCAAUGCCUCUGAAUACGAGGUAGGAACGCCGGCUCCCAGUACGCCGUGUUCCUUCACGGUAAACUCGGAAAACAAACGUAGCGGUAACAUAUUGUCUCCGACAUAUCCGGGCACGUAUCCGAAGGAUCUUACGUGCACUUAUCAAUUUAUCGGGACGCGAAGCCAACGGGUGCGUCUCGAAUUUCGAGAUUUCGACUUGUACUUUGGAGGUCCACACUGCCCCUUGGACUAUGUUAAAGUGUACGACGGCUUGAACGCCACGUCGGCCGUAAUUGGAACGUAUUGCGGCCAACAAAGGAAUUUGGUCUUGUAUUCGUCGGAGUCUAGCUUAUUCGUAUUGUUCGUUACGCUUCCACGCACAGCGAACACGCAGAAUCGUGGGUUCAAAGGAAUCUUUGAGUUUUCCGAAAGCUUCGUCAAAUUAGACUUCAUAACCGCUUACAAGGGUGAGCACAUCAGGGGAUCGGAAUGCGAUCAGAAGAUUUUAAGUCGAAAGGAGACCACCGGAAACGUCGUUAGCCCAAACUUUCCAUACCCGUACAUACCGAAAGUGGUGUGUCGGUAUUUCAUUUAUGGAAUGCAAGAUGCGCAACAUCUGGAACGUGUCCGAUUAGAGUUCAUCUCGUUUAAGAUACCAAAAAAUAAGACGAUAGGAGAUUCGUCGUGCACCGAUGGAUAUCUGAAAUUGUACUUGAAAGGGCAGGAAGCCACGGAUUCUUACGAUAAAUUCGAUUACGAGUUGUGCGGUCUCGAGAGUAGUCCGAGCCAAGUAGUCAGCGACGGACCGCGACUAGUGAUGGUCUUUAGUAGCGGCGAGUCGCAAGGACAAGGAUUCAAAGCCCGGUACGUUUUCGAAACGGAGUACAAAAUACCGGGUACAGCGGCACCGGACGGCAGCUGCACGUUCACCUAUCGCAGCUCCUCUCGAAAGAAAGGAGACUUUAAUUCGCCGCGACAUCCCAGCAACUAUCCGAGCGACACGAACUGCACCUACUUCUUCUUGGCGACGCCCAACGAACAAGUGAUUUUGAUAUUCGAUUACUUUAAAGUUCGAACGAAAAACACGAACGUGACGGACGGCCAUUACGGGAUCGAGACUUGCCAGGACGAUUGGUUAGAAAUAUACAACAUGUAUCGGGACAAUACGGAAAAGUUGAUAGGCAGAUAUUGCGGCAGCACAGCUCCUGGCCCCGUCGAAUCGAAUCUCGGCGCUCUCGGUUUAAGGGUUAUUCUGCAUUCGGAUUCCGAACUGGUUUACAGCGGCUUCAAAGCUCGUUACACGUUCGAAGUGGCCAAACCUAUAUUCGGAGAUUGCGGAUCGAACAUAAGUAGCCUAAACUACGGCAUCAUCGCUAGCCCGAACUUUCCGAACAAGUACGACGGACCGGCAAAGAAUCAUGCUAGCAAGACGUGCAAUUGGUUCAUAAGAGUUGGACAGAAUCAGCGAGUGGCGUUGUACUUUGAGCUGUUUUCGGUGGAAGGUGAUCAAGCAGUCCGUGGCUGUUCCGCCGCGGUUCUACGCGUAUGGUAUUCCGCGUCGACGACGCCCGUCGAGCUUUGCGGCGUUAAAGCGUCGAACGUCAACUGGACUUAUCUGUCGGAGGAUAAUAAUAUGCGUCUCAGCUUUAUAUUGGCCGAUAAAGCGAUAGGGCAACAGGGAUUUAGAGCAACGUGGACCGAAAUAAGCACAAACACCGAUUGCCAGAAUCAGUUCUUGUGCAGCAAAAGUAAAUACUGCAUUGCAGAAUCGCUUCGAUGCAAUGACGUAUAUAAUUGUGGUCCGGCUGAUACUUCGGACGAAGAAAACUGUAACAUGGAAGUUGCACGGACGGAUAGUUACGGCGUUGUCGCGGGUUACGCUGCGGGCGUGGUACUGAUUGCACUGAUCGUAUGCCUCUUUUAUCACCGUAAACUAAAGAGACGAGUUCAGACGGUACACCUCGACGACCUGCGUCAACGCGUAGACACCACUCACGGAUGUUACCAUCGCGAGAAUCUCCUUCAUCGUCAUCACCAUCAUCACCAACAUCUUCAUCGCCAUUACCAACAUCAGCAUCAACAUCAGCAUCAGUUUCCCCAUCAUAAUAAUAACCAUGAUCAUAGUCAUAACCAUAGCCAUCAUCAUUACGAUUAUGCUCAACAUUCCGAUCAGCAUCAGCAUCACCUUCACCAGCAACAGCAUCGACAACAGCAGCAGCAGCAGCAGCAGCAGCAGCAGCAGCAGCAGCAGCAAGAACAAGAACAGGAGCAAGAACAGAAGCAUUAUCAUUGUCAUCGACAGCAGCAGACUCGGAAUCACAAGGAUGGUAUUCAAAGUCCGAGAUACCGUUUGGUCGGGUCUGCGAGUCCAACGAGCGAUUGCGAAGCAGAACAAAUCUGUGCCGAACAGGCGAGUAGUAGCCAGGACAGUGUGUGAAACUUACCUUUCGAACGAUCGAACUCGUUCCUCUCUGUCUUUCGAUCGACCGGUGGAACGGUAGCAUAUCUCUCCGCGAAAAUAAGAGGUGUGUAUCCUGAGCUAGAGAGGGAGAUCGCAAACAUGUAUUUGCCUCUGUUCGAAAUACACAUAUUUUAAGCAACGAUCCGUUAAAUUAGGUGUGCGUCAAACCGCAGGGUGACUUCAUCCAUCGCGAGUUUCCUCGAAACAACAAAACGGGCCGAGCGUCGCGAAAUUCGUUUGAUCGUUCGGUUCCGUCGAAAAGACCGCGAGAGAUUUUUACGCCGAUGGAUUUCUUUGGCUUUUAAUAAUCGUUUCGACGACCGUUACGAAUAUAAAUAUGUAACAGCGACCGCGACCGCGAUCACGCGAUAUUUUCAUAGGCUCGAGAUUGUCGUUAGCCGUUCUAUGGAAUAAAGAAGAUCGAUAGAGGAGAAGAACCAACGGUGCGAGAGCAAAUUAGCGCGAAAGAUCGUGCACGGAUGUCGUAGAAAGGUAUCUCGCGCGCUGUUUCCCUUUUAAUAACUCUCUCAAAGCUGAAUACGCGAUAGAGAAGAAGAAGAACAGAGCGUUACGCGCGACACGCGCGACACGCGCGACACGCUCACAGGCAUGAAAUUUUGCUCGGUGAGUCUCUUCGAGAACUCGACGAGAGAUGCUGUUUCCAGACCAUAUUCUUUACAGUGUAUACAAAACGUUUUAUUUUACAAUGGGAUAUAAAAGAAUACAAAUCGUUGCGGUUAAUAAGAGAGUAUGGUUCGUUAUAAAAUUCUUUUCAUAUCCUUUCGAUUCGAUUCUGUGGAAGAGAAGAUGUGUACGCGUGCGAGUGCGCGUGUAACGACCACUCGAAACGAGUAUACACGUUUUAGUUUUAUCGCGAUAGCAUCGCUGCAUCGAUUUAUCGCGCGCAAGUUACUUGGAUCAAGAUUCGACGUUGCGUAACUGUUAACCGUUCGUGAAUUUAUACUUGACAAUUGCUUGACCGGAAAACGGAAGAUGCGGAGAGAAGGAAAGGGGGGCGGGCGGGCUUUCGGGCAGGAUACAAGAGAAAAGAGGAAAUCGGAAAAGAAAUAAACUAUAACGUACAAUCGCUACGCUGAUACGAAUAAAUAUGGUUCGGUGUAUAGAUCUCUUUGAAACUGCGGUAUCGCGCAACUGAAUCGUUGCCGUUCGCGACACCGUUAUUCUCGAUUAAAUGCGCAACUCCGGUUUGCCUCGCGAACGGAGCCGUUUGCAUUAUACAUAUAAAUACGCGUUUAGUAUAAAACUAGCAAGAUACGAGAUAUCGCGCAUUAUGUUCAACCGUAGAGAAUUUGAUUGAAAAGGAAAAGGCGGAAAACAUACCUAUGCUCGGGGUAGAUACAUCUGGUAGGAUUAUCGCAGGUUGUUUUCGUCAGUCUUACAUUGGAGAAAGUUAACGGUGUGAAAACGUACACUCUCGGCUUUUUCUGGUUGAAUCGAGGCGAGGGCUCGAAUAAAGAACGAAGAAGGAAGAAGGAAGAGGGAAGAGGGAAGAGGGAAGAGGGAAGAGGGAAGAGGGAAGAGAAAAAAGAAAAAAGAAAAAAGAAAAAGGGGAAGAUUAUCUAAGGAGCGACGUGGUCGGGAUUAGACUUGGACGUAUUGUUCGUCGUCGGUGUCUCCGUUGCUGAUCGGUUCCGUGGAAUGAUGCAGUUGAAUCCUCUCGUAAUCGGCGCUGUACAAGCGUUUCUUCACCUGUUCGUACCCGUCUAGAUUCGGAUCGGACUGAAAUCCGUGGACUUGCUCGUAGGGUGGUUCGUCGGUCCGGGCGACGGUCAUGUACUUGACGCUCUCGUAAUUGGGAUCGCCGUGAUUCACGGACUCGUAGUUGGGAUCGGUGUCGCUGUCGCCCGGACGGCAAACCGACGCGUAAUUCGGCUCUCCCGAGUCGUGCGGCAUGCUCUCGUAAUUUGGCUCGGAGUCGGUAUCGUGGUCCGUGUCGAUCCUUCUGCGCAGCCUGACCUUCUCGUAGCCCGGAUCCUCGCUGCUGGCGUUGCUCGCCUGCCUGUGCUUCAGCGGAAGCGCCGCCGCGUUGUAGCUGCUCGACAAGUCCACGGUAUGCCGCGGCCCGGGCAGGGCGUAGUUACCGACCACGCUUUCCGCGAAGGAAUGCUGCCGAGUCCGAAACGACUCGUAAUUCGGAUCGCGAACCAGCGCCGAUCGGUUCG